AAAACUUAUAAUCAGUCCCGUAUAGCUAUUGCGCGAGUUCUAGGGCGGUGUGUCACACUGUCACCCAUGAGUUUUCAUGUUGUUUUGGAAAGUAGAAGAUUGAAAGAAUGUCGAAGUCUAAAGAAAAUCACGUCGGAAUGUCGUUAAGACAAAUUUCAGAGGGACAACUUUUGAAGUACACCAACAUGAUGAAAGGCUGGCAAAACCGCUGGUUUGUUUUGGAUCCACGUACCGGAAUGCUAGAAUAUUUCAUGUCGGAAGCUGAAAGAAAGCAGCGACCAAGGGCUUCACUUCACUUAGCAGGGGCAAUUGUAGUUCCCAGUGAAGAGGAUUCUUAUACUUUCUCUGUCAAUGCUGCGAAUGAAAACUCAUUUAAACUACGAGCUACAGAUGCAAAAGAAAGGCAGCAUUGGAUAAAUCGACUCCGCGUAGUUGCUCAGGCACACACACAAGUUUUAGCUGAGAGUAAUCCACCAUUGUUUCGCGAUCAUUCUCAACUCAGCAGCAGUAAUCUUUCAACAUCCUCAGCAAUAUCAGCAAGCCCUCACAACACUGGACCUUCUCAGAAGAUGCUUUCUUGCAACCUUACAGUACUGGAUGCAUUCAGUGGUGUCCGAGACUAUUUGCGCCGUGUAGAGUGUGAACACCAAAGAUUGGUCCAUGACAUUGAAAGUUUGCCAUCCUCAGGAUCAACAACCACAUGCACUGAUACAGAAAUUCUUAUAUUGAAAGCAACUUCCCAAGCAACAUUACUGUGUCUAGAACAGUGUUUGGCAAUCCUUCAUUACCAACAGCAGCAGCCCACUAAGCCAGUCAAAGUCAACUCAGCUGGCAGCUCACCACUUCUUGGGUACUCAAACUCUAAAAAGUCCAUGGAAUUUAAACAAAUCUCAGAUUCUCCCAGACUGAGAAGCGAAAGUGCGGUUUCGGUCCUAAGUGAUAAAAAUUUGGCAAAUGUAGGCGCCUACUCUUCCGAUACCAACGAAUCGUCAUCAGUUCCCGUUUUAGAUGACGAAUCACAGUAUGUUCCCAUUGCUGAGGAGUCGCUCUCACCGAUUGCCCAAGAAAUGGGAAACGAAGAGUAUAAGGGACGUACCCUGAAGCUUCUCUCCCAGCUAAAACUGGGCACAGAACUUACGAAAGUUAAUCUUCCCGUCUUCUGUUGUGAGCCUCGUUCGCUGCUACAAGUUAUUGCAGAUGCAUUUCGCCAACCCCAUUUGCUGCUUAAGAUGGCUAAAGAAUCUGAUGCGGACCAUAGAAUGGCUAUGGUGGUGCAAUGGUAUUUGGGUUGCAUUCGUGCGUGUCACCUUGAAAUGACAGCUGCCCGCAAACCGUUUAAUCCCGUGCUUGGGGAGAUCUUCAAAUGCAUCUGGAAUAUGAAAGAUGAGGAUAGUGGUGAAAUGCUGGUAUUUAGAUUUUUGGCAGAACAAGUCUCACACAAUCCUCCUGUUAGCGCGUUUCACUUCGAGUGUCCACAGCGAGGCUUAUCUGUUCAUGGAAAUUUAUCGAUUAAAGCCAAAUUUAUGGGAAUGUACGUCGGAGUAGCACUUGGUGGGGACUUAGUCCUGGAACUCCCCCCUCAUAAGCAGUCACAAGAGGGAGAUACCGAGAAGUAUGAAAUGACAUUUCCGAUGCUUUAUUUGCGAUCUUUCCUUUCCGAACCCUGGUUGGAGUUUGGGGGCAAAAUCAACGUCAACUGUUCGGAAUCGAGAUCAUCUGCAGGCAUUGUAUUCCAAACUAAGCCUUUUUAUGGUGGUAAACCACACCAAGCUACUGCUGAGAUUAAGACGCACAGUGGUAAUACUGCAGCCCGUAUAUCUGGUGAUUGGAUGAGUGGCGUGAUGGAAAUGUCCUGGGUGAACGGGCAAUCAGAAUCUAUUGACCUAGAAACGGUUGGCGAGUGGCUAGAGAAGAAAAUUCGCCGUAUUUGUGAUCAGGCUGAUGACGAGUCGUACAAGUUGUGGCAUCCUGUGAGACAAAAUUUGGUUUCAGGAGAUUUCCAAAUGGCAACUGAACAUAAAAGAAUGAUCGAAGAACGUUCUCGGGAAAAAGAGCGGAAGCGCCAUAAUCAAGGUAUGUCCUUUUGCGCCACCUACUUUGAACCGAACAACGACCUUUGGGUACGAAAAAAGUGAAAACGUUAGUAUCCGUUCUUUCUUUCCCUUGUUUACUGCUGUCCAACUGUUGACGUUCAUCUAAGCUGCGCUUUAAUAGAACCUUUAUUCGGAA